GAGUUUACUCCUCUCUAGGCUUUGAAGCUUCAUGGGGGUGUUGACAUCCUGGUCGCCAAUGCUGCUGUCAACCCUUUCUUUGGAAACAUAAUGGAUGCCACUGAGGAGGUGUGGGACAAGAUCCUGGACAUUAAUGUGAAGUGCACAGCCCUGAUGACAAAGGCAGUGGUGCCAGAGAUGGAGAAACGAGGAGGCGGCUCAGUGGUGAUUGUGAGCUCCACAGCAGCCUACCACCCAUUUCCUGGCCUGGGCCCUUACAGUGUUAGUAAAACAGCCUUGCUCGGCCUCACCAGGAGCCUGGCCAUAGACCUGGCCGAAAGGAACAUUAGGGUGAACUGCCUGGCACCCGGACUCAUCAAGACCAAAUUCAGCCAUGUGUUGUGGAUGGACAAGGCAAGACAGGAAAGUAUAAAAGCAGCCCUGCAUAUAAGAAGGAUAGGCAAGCCAGAGGAGUGUGCAGGCAUGGUGUCUUUCCUGUGCUCUGAAGAUGCCAGCUACAUCUCUGGAGAGACAAUGGCGGUGGCUGGAGGGGCCCCUUGCCGCCUCUGAGGACAUGGAGAGAACCCACCAGCGCAGAGGCUGGGCUCCAACUCCUGGGUUCUGUUCCAGCAACCAUACACAAGCCUUUCCCACGUCUGCCUAUCAUAUUGUUCACCUUAUACCCCAUCCCCCUACCCCCAAAUCUAUUCUGCCUCCUGAAGAGACAGCCUUUUCUGCAGUCAACGUGUGAUCUUACUAGGACCGGCGCUCUUGCUGUUGCCCUGGAUAAAGGCUACCUCUGAGACCACAGGGCAGCCCUGCUCAGAAGGCUGAGUUUAUCUUGGCAAAGACCAACUAGUAUUUUUGUCUGGGCAUCUGGGGAGUUUGAGAGGAGAUGAGAGACAAGGGAUCUGGAAUGGAAGGAGCAGAGUUGGAAAUUAACAACUUGCAAAUGAGAUGCAAAUAAAAUGCAGAUGAUCGUGUUGCUUUGAA